GGCUGGCGCGCGCCUCAUGCGUGAACCAGCCGGUUGCGCACUGAGGGUAGCGGGUGUAUCCUGUUCUUUCCCGGGUUGCCUCCGGGCCCAGCAAGGCCCUGCUGAGUCCCGGUGAUCGCAGGCCCCAGGCUGGCGCUGGUUGGCGCUGGCGUUCGGCCUCCACCCCGAUGGAACUGCCUCCGGGGACGCCCCUCAGCUGUGCAGAGAAGGAAAAGUUGAAGGAAAAGUUAGCAUAUUUGAAAAAGGAAUACAGCAAGACACUGGCUCGCCUUCAGCGUGCCACAAGAGCUGAGAAGGUUAAGAAUUCUAAGAAAACAAUAGAGCAGGAACUGCCAUCACAGCUAAACCUUUAUUCUGAACCUAAAAAUGAAGGCUCUCCUUAUGACAAGUUACAAAUCAACCGUCUUGAUGAGGAAACUGGAGAAAAGACACCUGAGACCCUUGAUGUUGAACCUGAGUCCUUUAACCCUAAGGAUAGCCAGGAAGAAGUAUAUACACAGAGAACAGGCAACAUCCAGGAAUGUUUUCUGCAUCACAUCAGUGGCCCUGAUGGUGAGAAAGGGCAGAGCGAGCUGCCAGGGGCAAUAAAGAAGCAGCCGAAGAAAACAUUUUUUUCACGGGAGGAAGGAUAUUUUUUUGAUACUAAUUCUCUCAUACUCUCUGGAAAAAACCUAAAGAAACAGGAGGACAUCAGCGGAAGUCCUAGGUCCCCCAUAAUUGCCAUAACUCACAUUUUAAGUCUUAACUCUCCAGACCCUCUAGCCCAAGGUACAGAAACUGAUGGAGGUACAUUAAUUUUACCAUCCGCCAAAUCAGAAAGGGAUGUUAAGAUACCCUUAAGAAGAAAUAGUGUCUCCAGAGAGGCUGCAGUUCCUUUGUGUAUGAUCUCAGAUAGCAGUAACAGUCAGCACCUUGAACAUACACCCCCUAACAGGGAGUGGAAACUUCCUUCUCAGAGGCUUGAAAACAUUAGUCCAGCUUCAUCCAUAAACCUGAAGGCACAAGACAGAAAAAUGACUCUUUCUAUAGAUAAGCCAAUAGUAAAUAAAGCUCAGCAUGCCAGUGGUCAGCUGCCAGGAAGUCCUAAUUCAAAGGCAGGCGAUUCAUGUUCUGUAAAUGAACUCAUUCACAGUACCUCACUAGCAAAUAUAAUCCCAAAGUUAGUAGAACAAAACCACAAAGAAAAAUCUUCAAAAUCUCCUACCAAUAUUCCUGAUGGUAGAAAUGAAAAUUGUGAGGAAGAUGAGGUUGUGUGUGAAUCUAAGAGCCUUGGCCCAGGAGCAGGUUCUCUACCUACAGAAAAACAAAUACAUUCUUGCACAAUGCUUGAAGGCCUUCUGUUUCCUGCAGAAUACUAUAUUAGAACAACACGCCAUAUGUCAGAUUGCCAGAGGAAAAUAGCUCUGGAAGCUGUGAUUCAAAGUCAUUUGGGUAUCAAGAAGAAAGGGGUUAAGCAUAAAAAUAAGGAAACAACUAAAAGUUUAAACCUUUCCAGUGAAGAAACUGACAAAAGCGAAAGUACCAUGUUGUCAAGUUCAGGAAGUCCUUCUCAGGAACUUCUCUCCACAGUUGAAGUCGGCUCUCCCACUGGGCCCACUGAAGCUAAUUGUUCUAGGAAGGCCUCUGUACAGACACCUGGUAGAAGACACAGUGGAAAAAGAAAAUCAGUGCACACCUCGGAACAGGAGCAUCAUGAACUGCUUUUUCCACCUUGCACCAUACUGGAUGUUAACAGAUCCAAGAACAAAUUCAUUGUUGAAGACUUUCAGUUACCUGAUGAAGAGUUUGGGCCUCUUAAGCUUGAAAAACUGACGUCCUGCUCAAAAAAAGUGAUUAAGGUUCCUGAAUCAAGAAAACAUGGAAAGAGGCUUCCUAAGGAGGGAAAUGGUACUGUUCUGGAGGAAUCAAUUCCUAAACAAAUAGAAGCAGAAAUGGAGGACUUGGAAGAGGAAGUUGGUGUUCUAUCAGGAAAAGCACAUCCUCCAAUGCCAGGCCUGAAAAGCCAGCCUAUGAGCAAGAGCCUUUCUUCAUCCAUAGUACUUUUCACUCCUUCAGAUACCGCUGUACCUGAUGACAGUGACAGACCUGCUGUGGACCUGUGUUCACCCGCUUUUCCGAUUUUAGGCACUACUCCAGCUUUUGGCUCCCCCACAUACUGUGAAAAUGAAUCUACUGAAGUUGUUGGUCAGAUUUGCUCUACACCCCAGCCGCCUUACUUGGGAGACACAGUUAGUCUUGCUAAUAAUGGUAAACAAUUCAACAGUUCAGCCAUCUCACCAAAACUGGAUAGCAGCCUGCAUGUGUCAGGUAGGCAAGGACAACCUGCCUGUGACCGUGACUCUGGGCCCCAAGCAACACCUCUACCCGUUAAGUCAUUCACUUUCAGAGAAAAUCAGCUCUGUGGAAAUGCUUGCCUGGAUUUGCAUAAACAUUCCAUUGAACAGACUGAAAUUGGAGAUCUUGCUGCUUGUGACAGCUUGAACCUAGGCAACCUACAGCUGGUUUCAAAGUUAAAGAAUCCUUCAUGUUCCUGUUCUGUGGAUGUCAGUGCCAUGUGGUGGGAAAGAGCUGGUGCCAAGGAGCCAUGUAUUGUAAUUGCUUGUGAAGAUGUAGUUUCUCUUUGGAGAUCUCUGGAUAUGUCACAGUGGGAAAAAGCUUAUACCUGGCACUUCACAGAGGUUCCGGUAUUACAAAUCAUUCCAGUGCCUGAUGUUUUUGAUCUUAUAUGUGUAGCUUUGGGAAAUUUGGAAAUCAGAGAAAUCAGGGUGUUGUUAUGUUCCUCUAGUGCUGAAAGUGAAAAGCAAGUGCUACUGAAAUCUGGAAAUAUAAAAGCUGUGCUUGGUCUGGCAAAGAGGAGACUCGUUAGUAGCAUUGGGACCUUUGGUGAUCAGCAAGUACAAAUCAUAACAUUUGGAGAAAAUGGAGGAAGCAAAGAUGAACAGUUUUUGAUGUCCCCUGAUGAGACGAUCCUGGCUUUUGCUGAGGUCCAAGGGGCGCAGGAAGCUCUGCUUGGUAGCACCAUCAUGAACAACAUUGUGAUCUGGAAUUCUAAAACUGGCCAGCUUCUGAAAAAGAUGCAUAUUGAUGAUUGUUACCAAGCUUCAGUCUGUCACAGAGCCUAUUCUGAAAUGGGACUCCUGUUUGUUGUUCUGAGUCAUUCUUGUGUGAAAGAGAGCCAGUCAUUUGGAAACCCUGUGUUUCAGCUAUUGGUGAUUAACCCUAAGACAACUCUGAGUCUGGAUGUGUUGCUGUACUCUCUUCCUCAAGGGCAGGCUGGAAGGUUCCUGGAUGGGGAUGUGAAAGAUCACGUUGCAGCAGCAGUCCUGACUUCAGGGACAAUUGCCAUUUGGGACCUGCUUCUGGGUCACUGCACUGCUCUCCUCCCACCUGUCUCUGAGCAAAAUUGGUCUUUGGUUAAAUGGUCAGGUACAGAUUCUCACUUGCUGGCUGGACAGAAAGAUGGAAAUAUAUUCAUAUACCGCUACUUAUGAGGAAAACACUUUUUUCUGGGUAUUUUGCCUCUUAAUUUUUUUUAAAUAGUAAAAUAUCUGGAAUGCAUUUAAUAUAAUUACUUAAAUGCAUCCUGACAAACAUACUUUUUAUUCUGAUGGUGGUGGCACAACUGAUGGUGAAUAUUUGUUUAUACUCACUUUGGAGUUAGGUUUUAGGUUAAUUUUUGUAAUUCCCCAGAUUUGUACAUUUGCUAUUAAAGAUGUAUAUAACCUAUAAAUGUUAAUAAAUAUUUAUUUUGGCACAUU